AUGUUUGUACCCGUGUGUCUGAGCUUGAUACCCAUUAUUGAUGAUGAGGUUCGAAAGGCGGUGUUCAGUAUGCAUAAUGAUAAGUCACCCGGUCCGGAUGGUUUUAACCCGGCUUUUUACAAGAAAUUUUGGGGUGUGGGUGUUUUUGAAGAUGGCCUUAAUGAUACUGCUUUAGUUUUAAUUCCUAAAGUGAGUAAUCUGAAAUAUGUUUCUGACCUUAGACCCAUUGCUUUGUGUAAUGUCGCUUAUAAAAUUAUUUCAAAAAUCUUGGCUAAUAGAAUGAAGAGUUUAAUACCUUAUAUUAUAUCUGAAAAUCAAAGUGCUUUUGUUGAAGAUAGAUUAAUUACAGAUAAUUUUCCUAUAGCCUAUGAGAUCGGUUACUAUUUGAGAUGUAAGCGGAGAGGAAAUUUAGGUAUGGCGGCAUUAAAAAUUGAUAUGAGUAAAGCAUAUGAUCGGGUCCGAUGGGAGUUUGUUGAAGUUAUGCUUAGGAGCUCGGUCAAAUACACUAGUGUUGGCAAUUGUGAGAAUUUGGAGACUAUUAUUCCUAGUCGGGGGUUGAGACAAGGCGGUCCUCUUUCUCCUUAUCUUUUUAUUAUUUGUGCGGAAGGCCUUAGUCUUUUAUUAGCGCAAGAAGAGUUAGCGGAUAGAAUACAUGGUGUGUCGAUUUGUAGAGGUGCCCCUUCGUCAAACAUUGCUUUUAGCAUCAAUACAACUCCUGAAGUUAGAGACAAUAUUAAGUUAAUCAUGGGGGUAGAGGAAGUGAGGGAUAGUGGUAAGUUUUUUGGUCUCCCUUCUUUGGUUGGUAGAAAUGAAAUGGCUAUAUUUCGAUUCAUAAAAGAUAGAGUGUGGUUUAAAGUGAAGGGAUGGAACUCAAAUUUUUUAUUUAGAGGCGGAAAAGAAAUUUUGAUUAAAACGGUGGCACAAUCUAUGCCAAACUAUGUUAUGAACGUGUUUUUAAUUCCGCUUCGUCUUUGGGAGGAGUUAGAACGGAUGCUUAAUUCUUUUUGGUGGGGUAGAGACCAAACUAAGAAGAAAGGCAUUAGUUGGGCUUGUUGGGAUAAACUUUGUAUGCCGAAGAAAUAUGGCGGAUUGGGUUUUAAAAAAAUUAGAGAAUUUAAUAUCGCUAUGUUAGCUCGUCAAGCAUGGAGACUUAUUAAGUUGGAGAAUAAUCUUAUGGUAAAGAUUUUCAAGGCAAAAUAUUUUCCAAAUACCUCGUUUCUUGAAGCUAGAUUAUGGUCAAAUCCGAGUUAUGUGUGGCGUAGUAUUUUUGAGACUCAAAACGUGAUGGCUAAGGGUGUUCGUAUCAAGAUUGGGAAUGGUCAACGUAUUAGAAUUUGGGGCAGCCCUUGGUUAAAUAAUGAGAACAGUGGCCUGGUUGCUACUUUGAUGCCAAAUGAUUUAUCUAAUGCGAUGGUUAUCAAUCUGUUUGAAGUUGAGAAUAGGAGUUGGGAUGUGGGAUGGAGGUUUGAACCUAAAGGUAUAAUCACCGUUAAAAGCUACUAUAGGGUGUUAUGUGGUGAAGUUAGUGGCUGCCCUAGCAAGGUUUGGAGUAAGAUCUGGAGUCUGCCAAUUCCGUUGCAUAUUAGAAACUUCUUAUGGCAUGUAUGCAAGGAUUUUCUCCCUACGGCAGCAGCUCUUGCUCGUAAAAAGGUGUUUGUGUUCGACCAGGAUGACUGUGGCAGAUUGGAUUCUCGGCUGGCUUUCGGAGCUGAGCAUGGAGGAUCGGGUUCUGGUUGCUUUUAUUUGUUGGAAUCUUUGGCUCAAUAG